GAUGACAUCCUUGGCGAGAGACAGCAUCUGUCCGAUCUCCAUCUUAUGCAAGACUCAGACCCCAUGGCUCAUCUGCACAUGCCAUACACCGAUUCACAACUCGGAACCCAGCAACACCCUCUGUUCAUUCCAAUCCCUAGCCCAAAAGAUUCCUCGCUGGCGGGACAGCACUUUGACCCGACCAGCACUGUCCCAGCAAGUACCCUACCAUCUAUAGAUAGCUCGACUCCCGGUCUCGAUCCAAAACCGCUUCCACCUCUAGACAGCAGCGUUCGCCAACAGCAUGACCCCUCCUCCGCACAUGUUCCAUGUCAACAGUUGUCUAGCGGACAGACACUGGUACCCUCUCGUAGCAGGAAUACUACCCCCGCAGGGCCCGCCACGAAGCGUCGCGAUAGAUCGGCGUCAACGGCCCGCAUCUUCCAGUGCAACUGGGCGGGUUGCGACACCCGCCCGACAUUCAAUCGACCCGCCGAUCUAUGGCGGCACAUCAAGCAUCUCCAUUUGUCGCCUGGCUCGCAUGUUUGCUUGAUAGAUGGGUGCGGUCGGUCCUUCAAUCGCAAUGAUAAUCUAACUGAGCACGCGCUGCGCGUGCACGGCUAUCAGAGCACUCGCUAGUGGCCCUUCCUCGAGUAUCGAAGGCAUGUCCCUCAGACUGUGAAACGGGCGCUCAGAGCCAGAUAGCGUAGCGCUCAAGCCUCUUGGUAUAGUUUGGUUGGUUUUUUGGGGGGGGGGGGG